AUGAAAAAAUGGCAGAUAGUUCUAGCGUUACUUAAUCUUAUAACAUUUACUCAAGGACUUGUUCUGUCCGAGUGUGGUAAAUAUUCUACUCAUGGUUGCGGUGUUUGGAAAGGGACUGAUCAGAGUUUUCAUCUUGAUCCUGUAGAACAGGGAAUGUUGAUACCGACACAGAUGUAUGAAAACGGCUUUGGAGACCCCAGUUUAUUUAAGAAUGAAAAGAGAGAAACGUUAAAAGAGCAAAUAAGCCGGGUGGAAGCCCUUUCUAAACUUUUAGGUUUGUGCGAGGAUGCCGGGAUAGCUGCUAGAAAUGUGAAAAGGGUUCCUUUGCUCAGAUUUGUAGUUAACCAUGCACUGCGGUCCAGUAAACGUUUUACCCUGCAACAACGAGAAAACAGGUUGAGACCCAGAUCUAGGAAGGCUAGCUAUAAAGCGUUUGUAGAAAGUAUUUCCCAGCUUCAAGACUCCUUAACCAAAUGUCUUCUUGAAAAUUCUUUGAUCCAUGGUUCAAGCCGGGCAAAUAUAGCGAGACAAGCUCAAAUUCUUCGAUUCGGAUAAGGAGGAGAUGGUAUCCAUUUGGCUGGAUGGAUGGAGAAAGAUGGAUAAUGGAUAAAUACCUUUAAAUAGUGCAAUGCUGGACAUGAAAAGCAGUUUUUUCUUUUUCCUUAAUCGAUAUAAUCUAUCGAUAUAAUCAAUCGAUAUAAUCUAUCGAUAUA